UAUGACGCGGCGGCCAGCAGAAGUGGCCUAUCGUAGGCCGGCACCGGAACCCCGGUCCGGAUCCCGCGCCGUGCUGGUGCUGCUGGCGGUUCUCGGCUGUGCCGUGCUGCCGAGCGCCGGCCAAUACUACACGACCCGCGAUCCGCGAUGGUACUCGCGUGAGGGCGACUUUAACUACAAAAUUCCCAACCCCGGGGAACCGGAAUAUCGAACCUACACGUUCAACAAUAGACGAUAUGGCUAUUACCAACCGAAUGGCUACGGCCAGCAAUACCCGGGACAGAACCUUCCCGGCCAGUAUCCCACCAACACCGGACUAGGAGACGAUCGCUUCAAAUACGAUCCGAACAAUCCGACGCUGGUGCAGACACCGUUCCCGGGCGUACUCGGUGGUUGGCGCGAGGAUCUGCAGGGUAAGCUGCGCCGUGACUCGAUGCAGCUUGACCGCGACGUCUUCGUGACCACCAACUACGGGCAGGUGCAGGGCUUUCUGGUCUACCUGUACGACAAUCCGGACCCGAAAAGCCUGUACCGGCCGUGGCACAGCACGGUCGAUCGGAUCAUGGGCAAGUGCUCGACGUUCCUCGGCAUUCCGUACGCGCUGCCUCCGACGCACGAGGGUCGCUUCAAGCCGCCAAGACCGCACCGAGGCUGGCAGUUGGUGCAGGCCGUCGACUAUGGACCCGCCUGUCCGCAGCCCGUCAAGUACACCGGUGCCACGAAGGGGAUCCGCGACAUGGACGAGGACUGUCUGUACCUGAACAUCUUCUCCCCAAACACCCAAGCGGGAGUGGCCCAGCGCUACCCGGUGAUGAUCUACAUCCACGGCGGAGAGUUCGUGCGCGGUGCUUCCAACACCUUCCCCGGGCAAAUGAUGGCCGCGUUCUACGAUGUGGUCGUCGUGACGUUCAACUACCGGCUCGGAGCGCUCGGGUUCCUGUCGACGGGUGACGAAAACUCGCCCGGUAACUACGGUAUCCUCGAUCAGGUGAUGGCCGUGCGCUGGGUGUACGAGAACAUUGAGUCGUUUAACGGGGACCGCAACUCGAUCACCCUGUUCGGUCCGGGGGCCGGUGGUGCGUCGGCCGGACUGCUGAUGGUGGCACCGCAAACCCGUGACAUCGUUACGCGCGUCAUCGGCCAAUCGGGAUCGGCCCUGGCCGACUGGGCGCUGAUCGAGGACAAGUGGAGGGCCCAGAACACGAGCCGUGUGUUUGGGCAGAUGGUCGGGUGCUCGAUCGAGACCUCCUGGAAGCUGGUGAACUGCAUGCGAAACGGGCGCAGCUUCUACGAGCUCGGUAACGCCGAGUUUGCCCCGCACGUGGGUCUCUUCCCGUGGGGACCGGUGCUGGAGAACAACUUCACGUUCCCGGGCGACAACUGGUACGAGGGUUGGAACGAGCGGGACUGGCACUUCCUGUCCGAGACCCCGGAAUCGCUCAUCAAACGGCGGCACUACAACCGGGGUCUGCACUACAUGAGUGGCGUGACGUUACAGGAGGCCGCCUUCGUGAUUUCGGGCAACGAAUCACUGGCUCCGUACUACGAGGUGGACGAAAGGUUCUACGACCAGAAGGUGCGCGAACUGGUGCUCCGCUACAACUACACGCUCAACCUGAACGGCACGUAUGAGGCGAUCAAGUAUAUGUACACGUACUGGCCGGAUCCUUCCAACACCACCUUCAUUCGGGAGCAGUACAUCAACCUUUUGUCGGACUUUCUGUACCGAGCACCGACGGACAAACUGAUCAAGCUGCUGGUCGAGCGGAACGUUCCCGUGUACAGCUACGUCAUGAACACCACGAUCGAGGGCCUAAAGCUUCCCGAAUGGCGCAAGGUACCGCACGACAUCGAGCACUACCUGCUCACUGGGGCCCCGUUCAUGGACGUAGAGUUCUUCCCGCGGCGGGCCCGGCUCGAUCGGCUAAUGUGGACCGACAACGACCGCAACAUGAGCCACUUCUUCAUGAAGACGUACUCCGACUUUGCACGCCACGGCAAUCCCACGCCGACGCAGGUGCUUGGCCUCUACUUCGAGAAGGCACGCAACGGUGAGCUCAAAUACCUGAACCUGAACACGACCUACAACUCGACCAUUCUGAUGAACUUCCGCCAAACGGAGAGUGCCUUCUGGACACAGUACAUUCCGACGGUCGUUGGGGUCAUGAUACCGACCUACCCACCGACCACCGAGUUCUGGUGGGAACCGAAGGAACCGCUGCAGAUAGCGUUCUGGAGUUUGGCGGCCGCCUGCCUCAUACUGAUGGUGCUCGUUGUGGUCUGCUGCAUCAUGUGGCGCAACGCAAAGCGAGAAUCGGAUCAACUGUACGACGAAGCCGUGUUCGGCAUGGAUAAUCCCGAGUCGGAGCGCGAUGCUAGCGUGCUGGAGAACACCAUCCUGCAGGGGCAACCGUUGCGCCAGCGGGACAAUAUCUACGAGUACCGUGACUCACCGUCCAAGUACAGCAAAAUGCCGCCCGACGCGAGCUCGAUCCGAUCACCGAGCAGCCUCGGCAUGACCCAGGUCACCGGCAAGAGCGGUUUGACCGGGAGCCAGAGCUCCCUGCGCAGUGCCAUCUCCCUGAAGGAGUCUUCGAUCUCACCGAUGCCGAAGGAGUCGAAUUUCGAUCGGAACAUCAAGUACGCCGAGGACGGCAUCCAGAAGAACGGCAAGGUGGCGCGGGUCGACUCCAAGAACCUGCUGGCGACCGAAACGAGCAAAUCGCGCGACCGUGAUCUCGGCGGUGCCACAUCACCCACCGGCACCACCACCAGUGUGGGGUCAACGAACCGGUCCACCCCGGUGCCACUGUCCCGCGGUGGGACUAAGGGCAACAACGCGAGCAAAACGAACCUCAUCGAGGGAAUUCCACAGACGGAAGUUUAACGCAGCCGCGAUCGUGAAUUAGGAUUUUAGGACCGUUUUAGACUAGGGCUCUACUUGCGCACAAGCCAGCGAGCGUACCGCUACAUCCCAAUCACAUACAUACCGUAGCUAGCAUCGUCCUUCUGGCCCCUUUCCAGUGUGGAGGUUUACCGGCGGCGGGGGGAAUGACUGGACGAGGCUGGGUUAGGUUAGAUUUUAAAGUAUCGGCAGCCGUACUGUAGCCGUUAGACGAUGUUAGGAUAAGCGAAAAGCGGUUCAAAGGCGACGUAAUGGGAAUCAAAUCUACAAUAGAUUGUGUGGUCCGUUCGCACGUAAGACGAAACCGAGCACCAAGUGCCUUAAAUAUGAGCCGCAAAUGGCAUUUAACUUGCCGACCGCACCAGUCCUUAAGUCCUAGGGGUUAAGAGCGAGGUGGCGAUAAUAAUAGUUCAGUGUUUCAUCGUUUACGUGUUUACCAUUUGUAAAUAUCGAUGCAUCCUGUUGUCAGUGUCAGUGUAUCCGUCCAAUUUGUGUUUAGUUCAUCACGCGCGCGCGACGCGAGUCCGUGUUUGUGUCCGUAUUGUCCGUGAUUGUUUACCACUUAAGUUUAGUCGUAUCGUACCGUAUUUUAUGUUACAUCUAAGUUAAGGUUUUAUUGUCAUUUUAGUUUCACCAUCCGGUGUAAGUCGAGCGCUCUGCUUCUCUGUCCCCCUUUAAUUUUAAUCCUAUUUGAUCCUCUCUUCCAGUCGAUCGAUCGAUUUUUUAGAGCAUUAUCAAAACUUAUUUUGGGCCAAACUGUGCAAAUAUUACCGUAUUCGGAAGCAGCCAGCGAAGCGAGUGGCAAUGCCAGAGCCUGGAAAAUGGUGGCUUCAUCCGUGAAGAACUCUCUGUUUUCUGGUCUCUGUUCCAUGCUCGGGAACUUCGCUGUGCGCUCUGUUUCCAUCUAUUUACAACUUUGUUAAGGAUAGUUCUAUUCGUCUUUAAAUACUUCGUACUUCGUAGAUUUGUCUCCUACACGAGCUUAGAAUCGUUCAGCUACCAAUAAGUCCAACCCGGUUUUUUUUUUAUCUAGCGUAGGUAAGAGCGAAGGAAAUGAGUGUAAAUAUAUUUUCAUUUCAACUAAAAAUUACCAUUUAAGUAUUACGUGAUUGACACAGCGAAAGUAGCAUCCAGCGUACAUUGAACAUUU